UGUUGCGCACGCACCAGCCUGGAAGGCUCACCCACAUUCCUCCGUGCAGCGCCAGGGCGCGCUGAAGCGGGUCCCACGCGCACCCUUGUCUACCUACAGCCUCGGGGAGCUAGGCUUGCCUUGUACUGCUCUCCUUUGCGACGUGCCUAGAGGGACGAUGCUCUCCGGGAGAGCGCGCUGAUUCGCUUAGGCGCACGCCCGGGGCCCUGAAUCUCCGCCCCGCUCGGCCUGGAACUCCGCCCUGCACGCUGGCGACCGCAGGAGCCGCGGCUUAGUUCAGCCAGGCAAGCAAACGGACUGGAAAGAGGAAGAGGCGGCGGGGGAAAGACACGUUUCUUCGUCUUUCUCCUCGAGCCGUCUGGCUGGCUAGGUUCCCACUCCGCGUGGAGCUCAUGGGGAGGCUCCGCUUAGGAGCCGGAGGGGGAGGAAAAGGCGGGCUGCGCGAGGGGUAAACGGCCAAAGAAAUCCCCUCCUCAGCUUGCAGGCAAUGCUUCUCACUUGCUGCCUUGGCGGCUGCUGUCUCCUCCUCCCCCCAGCUUUGAACCUUUUGUUCUUUCCAAUUUGGGGUAGACGCGAACUGCUGCUGCAGCCGCUGCUGCUCCUGCCUCGAUGUCAGGGAAGUUCCAGGAGGACAUCGGCUCUGGCUGCCAUGCGUCCAUCCUCCUCCUCCUCGGAUCUGCAAGGCAUUCCCUUUGCUCGGAGACCAAAGCAUUGCCAUGAAGGGUGAAGCUCUACUUUCCCUCUCUGAGGUAUGUAACUACAAUUCAGCCCAUGGCCAUGGAUCAUGACACUGCCCUUCUAUACUAAAAUGCCUUGAAGCCGCUGCCUCUCUCUGCAUCUACUAUGCUGGAGCAAUGGUUUUUUCUGCCAUGCUGAUGUCGGCUCAUUCGGGGACGUUGAAUACUACUUUUAUUGUUUAUGAAAAUGCCUACAGAAAUAUCACCACUCCCUUCUUCUUGGUUCAUAGUGGCACAACGCAGCACCUGAGAUAUAAUUUGGGUGCCAUGGUUACCACUGAGGUAACUACAUUGACAGUCAACAGUACAGCUGCCCUUCCUUUACAGCCAGACUUCAAGAGCUUGAGCCUGCCACUCCAGAUCAUUCUUUCUGCUGCCAUGAUAUUUAUCCUCUUGGUUUCUUUCCUUGGGAACUUUGUUGUCUGCCUCAUGGUCUACCAGAAAACUGCAAUGCGGUCUGCUAUUAACAUUCUCUUAGCAAGCUUGGCUUUUGCAGACAUGUUGCUUGCUGUGCUGAACAUGCCUUUUGCUCUGAUAACCAUCAUCACUACUCAAUGGGUUUUUGGGGAUGUCUUUUGCAGAGUGUCUGCCAUGUUUUUCUGGCUGUUUGUCAUAGAAGGAGUAGCCAUUUUGCUCAUUAUUAGCAUCGACAGGUUUCUUAUUAUAGUCCAGAGGCAGGAUAAGCUGAAUCCAUACCGUGCAAAGAUCCUCAUUGCUGUCUCAUGGGUUACAGCCUUUGUCGUGGCUUUCCCACUCUCUGUGGGAAACCCAAACCUGCAGAUACCUUCUAAAGCACCUCAGUGUGUUUUUGGCUACACCACAAGCCUUGGCUACCGUGCCUAUGUGAUAUUGGUGGUAAUGAUUUCCUUUUUCAUUCCAUUCUUGGUGAUGUUGUAUUCUUUCAUGGGCAUCCUCAAUACUGUAAGGCACAAUGCAGUUCGUAUCCAUAGCCACCCAGAUAGCAUAUGCCUCAGUCAAGCCAGCAAACUUGGUCUCAUGAGCCUUCAGAGACCCUUUCAAAUGAACAUUGAUAUGAGCUUUAAAACUCGUGCCUUCACAACCAUAUUGAUUUUGUUCAUUGUCUUCAUAAUCUGCUGGGCGCCCUUCACCACCUACAGCCUUAUUGCCACAUUUAACAGCCACUUCUAUCACAAGCACAACUUUUUUGAGAUAAGCACUUGGCUUCUUUGGCUCUGCUACCUCAAGUCUGCCCUGAACCCACUGAUUUACUACUGGAGAAUAAAGAAGUUUCAUGAUGCAUGCUUAGAUUUGAUGCCCAAGUACUUCAAGUUUUUGCCACAGCUACCUGGUCACACCAGAAGACGCAUCCGGCCCAGUGCCAUUUAUGUGUGUGGGGAGCACCGGUCAGUAGUGUAAAACUUGCAGCCAAUGGACACUGUUGUUCUUUUCUGAUGUAUGUUUGGUUUUUGGUAGGUUUAAAAAAAACAUGGCUCUUCAACUGUCAUAUUUUUAACUUUUAGUACAUAUUCCAGUACCAUGUGCGGUUUUAAGAAUGUGAUCAUAGUUAGAUUUUGCUACUGGAGUUAACGAUAACUAACUAACUUAUUGGCCACAAGCGAAAGAAGCUCCAUGUGCAGGAGGGAAGAAUCACGAGUGUAGCCAGGGCUUUCCUUGAAAGAGCUCUCCCGGUUGAAGAGGCAAGCUGCAGUUUUAAAGGCAGCUUUCCUUUUCAGCAGUUAUUGCUUCUGCAGUGGAAGCUUCAAAGAAACUCCUGCUCUGUACACAGUUCUCUUCUGCACUCAUGUGAAGUUUUGUGUGGAUUGUGUCCACUACCUCCAGGGUUCUGUGGUAGGAGGAAAAUCUAAUUUGAAUACUUGUCGGGUUUAUGGAAACGACUGCAGGUCCAUUUAAUUGUAGAAGUUUUUAAUGCUGCUAUUUUAUGGUAUAUUUAGCUGAACUUUUAUGUUUUUAUAAACAAUGUUGCUGCUUUAUGCCAACACAGUAGAGCCAAAAAGUCUCUAUUUAAUUUAAUGUUUUCAGAAGUUACAGUUACAUUAAAAAUAGAUUCUACUAUCUUUGUGCACUUUAAAAAAAUUUCGUUUAGUUUUUCUAGUUUUGUUUGUUUUGGUUCCUGCGUGGUUCUAGUAAAAAACAAACAAACCUGUUAACAAAUUUUGUUUUCAUCAGGGCAGAUUUUCAAUUUCUGUUGGGGCUAUGAGUUUACUUGAAUUUUAGAUGUAUCCAGUGCGUGUUUCUGUAAGCGAGGGCUUAUAUGUAAACAUUCAGUGCAAGGCAGAAAAUGUCAGGCAUUAAUAAGUUCUAUUGACAUCUGGGAGAAUUAAAUCUAUAAACUUCUGUUGCUUAAGUGGAUGAGACUGGCGGCCAACUGUGUACAUCAAGCACAUUCUUGGGUCUCGUGCACUUGGUCUGCUCCCUGAUAAAUAGCAGCUACAAGAGGGCUCCAAUCUGUAUUUUGACUGCAGGAUGUGGGGAGGGGGCUUGAACUCUUUGCCCUGCCAAGGUUCCAAUUCAGAUUGCUUCCCUGCCCCAUGCUCCUGUUUCCCUAGAAGGAAGACUGCAAUUGAUAUCAAUGGCAGCUUCUUUCUUAGUACAAAAUGGCAGGCAAUCUGGAUUACAAUUAAAUUCCACAGUGGAGGAAAGGAUUAAAUCCCCUUUGCUACUUUAGGCACACUCAAGGGCUUGUGCCAAUUAGAAAUGCUGACUUUUCCUUUGAAUGCCUUUCCAUGUCAUACACCUUUUCAGAUUCCCCUCAGUUUCAAGAGAAACUUGCCGUGUGGCAUGAUGGAGGGAAGUGGCUUGGGGAAAAAACAUGUUCAACUCUUCAUUGGGCCGGAGGAACUUUCAAUUAUGUUACAAAUACACACUGACGCUUCGAUUUACAAAAUGGUAACAUCUACAAACGUCUUGAAACUUAUAAAAUGGACAGACAGAUAGGUGGAGUUCGGUAUGAAAUGUUUACGGAGGAUGGAAUUAGACUGAAAAGUUUGGGACAGUGAGAGAGAACAAUAAUUUCCACCUCCUUUUCAUACUCUCACAAGGAGUAAUACACUUGCAUUAUGGACCAGACCAGAUUUUCUCUCUUCUUGAGAAGUCACCAGCUUCAAAUGUCUUGAUGUUUGCCCUAAAGACAUCUUUUUCUACUUGAGAAGAGUUUUUAGUUCAGGGAAAAGGUCAUUAAGUGGUACAUGAUUGAAGCUUAUAAAAUUAUGCAUGGUAUGCAUAAAGUAAGUUUUUUCCUCUCACUCUCACAUCACUAAAACCAGGGGUCAUCUGAUGAAACUGAUUGGCAGGAGAUUCAGGACAGAUACAAUGAAGUAUUUCUUCACCCUGCACAUAAUUGAUCUGUGGCAUUUUCUGCCACAAGCAAGGUGAUAGCCAAUGGCUAGGAUGGCUUUUAAAGGUAUCUCCAGGUUUGAAGGUAGCAUACCUCUGCACACAGUUGCAGGGGAGCAGUGGCGGGAGAGAAGAACAUAAGAACAGCCCUGCUGGAUCACCCCCAUUAGGUCCAGCAUCCUGUUUCACACAGUGGCCCACCAGAUGCCCCUGAGAAUCCCACAGGCAAAAGGUAAGGGCAUGCCUUCUUCUGCUGUUGCUCCCAUGCAACUGGUAUUUAGAGUGACUGGGAUGUCACUUCAUCUGCUGCUUGUGGGCUUCCUGGAGGAAUCUAGUUGACCACAGUGGGGAAACAGGAUGCUGGACUAGAUAGGCCUUGGCCUGAUCCAACUUGGCUUACGUUAUGUAGAGAAAAUAUGAAAAUAAUAAUGCACAGGAUCCAGGCUAAGUUAGUCAUAAAAAACUAAUAGGACUUAAGUUAUUCAUGAGUAAGUUGUGUGCAUUUAUUUGGCUGGUACUUAGUUGGAAUCCUUCCCAGUGGUAGGGGGAGCGGGGAAAACUUUGCCUUCUGGAAUUGUCUUAAAAUGCCUUUCCAGAUAACUUAAAAUAUCUGCAAUCUGUUAAAUGAACUUUAGCAAUGUAGGUGAAGUAAACCUAUUCAACACUAGAAGCAAUUCCACUGUAAUUAACAAUCAGGGUUGUCUCCCUCUCUCCACCCCCACUUCUUUUUAAAUGGCAACAGAUGACAUUAUUUUAUUUUAUAUAUAUAGUAAAUUUAACUAUCCUUCAGUAUAAACUCUCAGGGCAGCAAAAAACUAAAAGCUAAUAAUACAAUUGAUACCAUAAAACCAUGGAAUGGUUUUAGCUUCCAUUGGAUGAUAAAACGAUCAGUAUCAUAAUUACUACUACUAAUUAUAUACGGCUUUUCAACAAAGUUUCCAAAGUGACAAUUAAAGCUUGCUAAAACAUAUGCUGGAAGUCCUGGGCAAAUAAAAACUGAGUCUAAUGGCACCUUAAAGACUAACAUUUAUUGCAGCAUAAGUUUUCUUGGAUUACAGUCUACUAGUCCACAAAAACUUAAGUUACAAUAAAAUUAUUAGUCUUUAAAGUGCUGCUAGCUCUUUGUUGUGUUUGCUGUAUAAUACUAGGAUAGUUACUCAUCAGGAAGCUGUUGCCUUGGGGCGGGGUGGGGGGAGACUGGUGGCAAAGGGACAUCACAGUUGGUACCAGGUAAGCUUCUCUGCGGAGGGCAUUCUAGGAAUGAGGCAGACUGACCCAAAACACCCACUCUCAUUACCACCCACCUAAUCUCAGAUGAUGGAGGGGCUCGUUUGUUUGCUGUAGCUCCCAGUAAGGCUCUUGUGGUAGAAUGUCCUCCUUCAAAUAACAACUGAAAGUAUAAUUGCCUCUUCAGAUGGGAAGCAGUAAUGAUUUUCAUAGUACCUUGUAUUGUUUAAUGACAUGAUAAAUAAAAUAUUCUAUCAUGGCAGAAACUCUGUUUCAUGGUCUGAGACUUUAUUGAUUCAGAGUUGUUAGUUAAUUUCUUCCCUGAAAAUUAGCUAAACUUCCUAUUAAUAAAACGUCAUUGUCCUCUAACAAAGUAAUCUGCCAUCGAUGUCAAUAUCGAUGUUGUUCUGACUUCAAGUUUUCAAUUUCUUCAAAGUGUUUUAUGUGCUGUCAACACCUCGCUGCCCAUUCAGUGGGGCUAUGGUGGAUAGGGCAAGGCUAUUUUUAUGCAGCAUAUCUAUGGAUUUCUCUGCAAGUGCAAAAUCUGGUGUCUGGUGCACAAUGUGACAACCCAAGAAUUUCAUGUUUUACUUUUUUAGUGGCUUGGAAGAAAUCGGGGUUUAUCUGGCUGGUAAAGGGUUGGGCACUAGAUAAAGGAUUGCAUCCAAAAUAGCAGAAGCUUACACAGUGGGGCUUUCCUGCCCCUACCCCAACGCAGCCCCUUGCGCUCCCUGAAAAUAUGCCUGAACUCCCCCUCCCCCACCACAAGAAUAUUAUAGGAUGGGGUGUCAAGAGCUGUAAGCUGUCUUGUGAAAGUGCCAUUCUGCUCAUUCAAGGCUGGAUACAAUCCAAAAAAGCUUCCAGUGAUCAGUUAUUCUUUUUGUGUAUGCCAUAUAGUUGCAAUUCUUUACCCCACUUCUAUUUUUUUAUGCUCUGGAUUUCCUCAGUUGUGCUACUUUUUGAGUUAGUAAAUGCAAAGAGGACAUUGGUGUAGCAGGAAAGCACUUAACAGGAAGGAAGCUAUGUGUUAAAGGAAAAGUGGGAAUGCUUUUAACCAUGUUGGCUCUGUUACUUCUCAAUAUACUGUUUUAGAACAGUGCCUUGUGAACUUGAAAUCAAUUCACAUGUCCUUUGAAGACUGGAUAAUUCUUCCAUUCUACUGGUAACAAGCCCCACAUGCACAGUUUUACACGCAUGUUUACAGGAAUCAUUUGAAUGCAUUUCAAAAGGCAACAGUCCAAGAUUUAAAAGUUAGAAAUAAAUCAGUCUAUUGUUAAGAAAUUCUGGGUAGAGUAUAUUUCUUUUCCAAAUAUAUUUUUGCUUGAAGUUAUAUGAUGCAUUUCUCUUUUACUACUAGAACAAAAAGAGGUUUUUCAAUGUGGAAGAUCAAAUUGAAUAUAUAUAUAUAUAUAUAUAUAUAUAUAUAUAUCACACAUACACAGAUUCAUCAAAGCUGUGACAUACUGUUCUACAACUCUGUUGCUAUGAGUAAAAGGGGUUUCACUGGGAGUUCUUGAGGACAGUGUACAUGCCUUGGGGGGACUUAUGUAAUCUAUCUUGUUUGUAUAGAAAAUAGUGUUUCUCCCCCCCCCCUUUUAACUUCCUUUCUUGUUGAUAUUUUUAUAAGGUUUUUUUAAAAGCUGAGUUUAUGCUUAAAUAACUGUCAGAGUUUUAAUACUCCUUCGAUCAUGUGACUUUUGCCAUCUACAGUUCAUGCAAUGUUGCCCUCAUAGGAAGAUGUAUUCAUUUAUUUUUGCUAUUUGAAAACAAAGCAUCACAGUAUGCAUUUGUUACAGGUGAAAAGCUGAUGAAUUUCUUUAAUCUGUUUCUUUAGAACUAAUGUUUGUCAUUAUGAAAUUGUUUAUUUUUUACAUAACUGAUACAGAGGGACACCUCAAGUGUAUAGUUUUAAUGAAAAGUUGAAUUGCGUGUGUGGUAUGUGUGUGUAUACUUUCCAUGGAAAUAACUGAGGAAAACAAAACCAGGAAAAAUGAACUUUCUUUAGCAGUCCAGAAUGGUCUGCUGCUGUUAACAAAUUAUAUCCAUUCUUGAAAUGCUGACCUAUUAAAAAUGUUUUCAUAAA